CCCGCCGCUCACAGGGAUGGUAAGCUUUCAGACGUCUGAAGGAGCCAUAACAGAGUUCAUAUCGCUUGCUACAAGUAGUUGUCCUUCUACAGAGUUGAUCCGUUUAUGUUUAAUUUUUAAAAAAUUGCUUUGUUCUGUGAGUAUAUACUGUCCUAAUCAUCUGUUGCUCCCCACCAAAGGUUCCCUUUAACCCAUUCUAGGUUAUCUUGUAAGAUAUUUUCUAUUUCAUAACGAAUUAGGUUUCUAUACAUAACUACACCGUCUGUUCAGUAUUAGAAUGCUAAAAAUAAUUACCCAGUUUGCACUGAGAUGAACUCAUCUUGGAUUCUCACCAUACUACAAUUCCCAGGAUUCUUCAGAUGAAACCCUGACAAUGGAACAGGUAUUUGGCCAAGCAGCCUUCCCUUCGAGGGCUUCUGUGGGAUCCCAGUGCCUGUGAAAACCUCAAGGGCUUGUCAGAGGAGCAAGUGAGGAUAUGCUAUCUCCAGGUGGAGGCCAUGGACUCAGUGAAGCGGGGUGCUGAGGUGGCCCUUGAAGAGUGCCAGCACCAGUUCCGCAACCGCCGCUGGAAUUGUUCUACCUUGCAGGCACUGCAGGUCUUCGGGAAAGUUAUUCUACAAGGUACACGGGAAUCAGCCUUUGUUCAUGCUAUCUCCUCCGCCGCGAUUGCUUUUGCGGUGACCCGGGCCUGCAGCCGGGGUGAACUGGAAAAGUGUGGAUGUGAUCGCAAGAUCAGAGGAAUCAGCCCUGAAGGGUUCCAGUGGUCAGGCUGCUCUGAUAACUUGUCCUAUGGCAUCACCUUCUCUCAGGCCUUCGUGGACACCCCAGAGCGGAGCCGUGGAGUGUCUUCCAGUAGAGCACUAAUGAACUUGCACAACAAUGAAGCUGGGAGAAAGGCCAUUCUGUCCCACAUGAAGGUGGAGUGCAAGUGCCACGGCGUGUCAGGCUCCUGCGAGGUCCGCACUUGCUGGAAGGUCAUGCCGCCAUUUCGCAAAGUGGGCAACCUGCUGAAGGAGAAAUUUGAAGGUGCCACCGAAGUGCAUCUGAAGCGGGUGGGCUCCCGCAAGCUGCUAGUGCCCAAGAGUUCCCACUUCAAACCGUAUGCCACUCAGGACUUGGUCUACUUGGUGAGCAGCCCCGAUUUCUGCAACUGGGAUCCACAUGGUGGGAUCUUUGGCACUUCGGGGCGCCAGUGCAACCGGACCUCCCCUGCCCUGGAUGGCUGCGAGCUCCUGUGCUGUGGGCGCGGCUUCCGCACAGCCCAGGCGGAGGUGGUCGAGAGGUGCAGCUGCAAGUUCCGCUGGUGCUGCGCAGUCAAGUGCAGGCAAUGCCGGCACCUGGUGGAGGUCCACCGCUGUCGAUAGGAGAAGGCAGGGGAGCCACACUGACGGAAAUGGUGGAGUGGAAGCAAGAGGACAGGAGGCGAGUGGUUCGCAAGGGGAGAAACCCACUUGCCAGACCCAAAGAAAUGGGCCUGAGCACUUGACAGGUGCACAUCUCAUGAGCAUGCAUGUAGUAGCAUCUCUCUGGCAAAUGUAGCAACAAUCCAAGAUGUUUGGUUUCUCUUCCUUUUCUUGGCAUUGUAUUUUGGACACAGGACUGAACACAUGGCAUGGCAUCAGCUAAGCUUUUACCUGUUAGGAAUAAAAUAACUUUACUAAAGAAGGGUGUGUGUGCGCGUGCACAUGCACAUGAAUGUGAGCAUCUUCUGUGUGGGAAAUCUGGACUGGUGUAUCUUAGGAGUGGGUGCAGAUGUAGGUUUUAACAGGACCGAGCACUCCAUUCUGCUGUGGUGUGAGCCCAGGUUCCUCUG